AAAAGAGGAGAGGGGAAAAACAGACGUAACGUAUCACUGACAAUACUGAGAAAGAGAGGAGGGUUGGGACAGCAAGGUCCUGUCUUUAUCAGUUUCGUCGUGAACCCGGACACAACACUCCCCACCGCCGAUGACACUUCUUCUUCAUUUCUCGGGUCUCUUCUCUUCUAUUCUCUUGUGGAGUCCUACUAAUCAUAAAUUCCAUGCUUAAUUGCUUCCCAAUUUCUUCAAAAUCUCUGCAUAUUAGUAGCAAUUUGAUCUUGAUUAACUAAAUUCUAUGAAUAUUGUGACACUCAAGGUCUACAAGUCUAGUCACGUCGAAGGGGGCAGGUUUUGCAGAAAAUGGGAAAAAGUGGAAGAGUGAGAAAAUUUUUAACGUGUGAGCAGUGAAAUUUCACCCCUCUUCUACCCCCACCCCCCUACCUUGAUGAUGAUAGUUGCAAAGACCUAGGCUAUUGUAAGCUGGGGAGAAUUUCCCCAUUAUUGCACUCUCUCAAUCUCUCUCUUUCUCGUUGACCCCCCUUCUUCUCUCUCUCCUCUCUUCUUUUACUCUGAGAAAGGUGUAACCUUUUCUUUUUUAAUUUUAUAAUUUAGCGAUUGAGUUUUUAUUGUAUGAGAACAAAAAAAAGAGUAGGGAGUAGUGUAGUGUGCUAAGCUUAUAAUUGUGUCUCUUUGCUAUUUUGUAGCCAUUUUAGCUCAGACAUAACUACGUCAGGAUCACAACUUUUGGAAAGGAAAAGAAGCCAACUUGGUUUCAAUUUAUAUACUAUCUCUCUCACUCUCGCGUGAAUCUCGUUUGUUUUUUUCUUGCUACUGUUUUUGCUUUCCCAGAUCUCUACAUUGCUCGUGAGGGGAAAAGGGUCUCUUUAUCUCUCGCUGUCUCCCUUGAUCUUUCUUUCUUGUAGUGAAAAUUGGAUGUUUUUUUGUGUGGUUAAGAUCAAGAAAUGGGCUGUGGAGAAACCAGGUUUUCUUGAACACUAGUAUAAUUAUGAAGAGUUGGAGGUCAUGGGAAGAGUUUGUGCUGGGAGAUGAAGGAAAGACAGCGGUGGCGAGGUGAAGAGGAUGCUUUGCUGCGCGCAUACGUGAAGCAAUACGGGCCGAGAGAGUGGCACCUUGUUUCUGAGCGCAUGAACCAGCCCCUCAACCGGGACGCCAAAUCUUGUCUCGAGAGGUGGAAGAACUAUCUGAAGCCUGGCAUCAAGAAGGGCUCCCUCACCCAAGAGGAACAGGCUCUCGUCAUUCACCUGCAAGCGAAGCACGGCAACAAAUGGAAGAAGAUCGCUGCUGAGGUCCCUGGCCGCACUGCUAAGCGACUCGGGAAGUGGUGGGAGGUGUUCAAGGACAAGCAGCAGCGCGAGCACAAGGAGAACAACAAGGUUCCAGAUCCCAUCCAAGACUCGAAAUACGACCACCUCUUGGAGACCUUUGCAGAGAAGCUUGUGAAUCCAGUCACAAUGCCGCCCACUCCCAAUGGCGGUGGUGGAUUUCUCCAACACACGGAACAGCCCUCGUCCUUGCCCCCAUGGUUGGCUAGCUCCAGCGCCUCGUCUCCAUCGGUCACUCUCACACUCUCGCCCUUGACCGUGCCACCAACUCCCCCGCCACCAUCAACAAUCCCAUGGCUGCAGACGAAUGAUAGUAACACCUCUCACGGGCUGCUACCCUUUGGGGGGAUUGGUGCCCUUACCGGGGACAGCAACGGGCCUGUCCCGGACCUCAUUGAAUGCUGCCGGGAGCUCGAGGAAGGCCACCGGGCAUGGUCUGCACAUAGAAAAGAGGCUGCUUGGAGGCUGAAGAGGGUUGAGUUGCAGCUCGAGGCAGAGAAGGCUAGCCGGAAAAGGGAGAAGAAUGAAGACAUCGAAGCCAAGGUGAAUGCUCUACGGGAAGAGCAGAAGGCGACGAUAGAGCGCAUUGAGGCUGAGUACAGAGAGCAGAUUGCCGGUUUGAGACGGGAGGCAGAGAUGAAGGAGCAGAAGCUGGCGGAGCAGUGGGCCGCGAAGCACCUCCGCCUCACCAAGUUCGUAGAGCAGAUCGGGUGCCGCUCAGUCGCCUCGUCCGAUGCCCCGAAUGCCAGAUGAAGGUGUGUACUCGAAUACUACAUAUACUAGAGAUACCAUUUCUGGGAAGAAUUCAAUAACUUUGUGUAUUAAGUUUAAAAAAAACUGAAGAACUGCAUAGGAUAUUUGGACUGCCGUUGUAUUGGCUUUGGUUAACUUGGUUGAGGUAUUGUUAUGUUUCUCUACAACUAAUGUUGGGAAUUGUGUGAUGUUUUGAGUCAUGUUAUGUGUAUCUCGGGCAUCCAUCACUAAUGGAGUAUUGUUUUUACAGUA